AUGACCCAUACGGUGGCGAAUCGCAUGCCGCUUGUAGGGCUGUUGCUGCCGCUGCUGUUUCUAUGGGGCUGCGUGGCACCGCGAGCUGCGGUGGCGGAGGUCUUGGCGCUGGCGAUUUCGUCUUCGUCCGAAAAUUGCGAGGGCGAGGUGGGCACUCCGAUCACACGCCGGCAGCCAGACACGUACACGGACUAUACAUCAGACAACUCCACUCCCACGAGCCACAGCCGUCGCUUUGUGAACGACUCGGAGCGUGUGAUUAACGGGCCGAGACACGACGUUGUAAGGGGGGUGGCGUACGCAACAAGGAAGGUAUCCGGAACGGGGAUUGCGGUGAGCCCGGUGGCCCUUGCUGAGUACAAUGUGACGUCGAGUGCACUGAUUCCUCCGGUGGUGACGCCGCCUACUGUGGGACAGCUUCAACGGGGUCCCUUAAUGGUGACGCUGUCGCAUGCAGAGAACACGACACUCCUCCCAAACCUGAAAAUCCAGCUUCUUAUAACCUACCUGCCGUCGCUGUCGACCCCAUGGGCGAUUGGUGCAUUGCCGCCUGUCCCACCGGACGGGGAGUGGCAGCUCUACAACGGAAAAGGUGUUCUUCUUGGUAAGCCUGGUACAUACAUUGUGAGAGCUCGGACGCAGGAUGCGUCGGUAAACCCAAACAAGUACAGUCCUCAAGCAAGCUUUCUCUAUCGCCUUCAGCCACCUCUGAUGUAUGAUGUAAGCACGGAGUGCUGCGACGAUCCCCGUCGACCUGUCGUUGGACACGUCUUUACUGUGUGGCUGAGUGCCACGCUGUGGCCCUCCUUUUUAUUCCUCAGCAUCUCGGCAAAAGGCUGUGAAAACGAGCGACACAUCCUUGACGACACCGGCAAGGUUCAAGCGGGAUGGCGACAGGUCGCCUUUCCCUUUGUCACGUACACGGAACCACAACCAAGGGUCUUCGUAUGUGUGAAGGAACACGGCUCGUCAGGAUACGUUCUUGUGCCACGGCGGAUAUCUGCUGCGGACCGAAACAACGGUGUAGAAAACUGGUUUGCUGUGUCACCCAGAACGCAUGGGGAAAAGUCUGAAUUUGAGCGGGAUAAGGCAUUGACAAGGCCAUCACACCGCCAAUAUCCAACCAUUCCCGCACCCGGCUCUACGGUUUAUGAGAGCACUCACCGUGAAAUGGGGUGGGUGCUUUUCAUGGCUGGAUCCACUGUGCUCCUCGUUGGGACGCUAUGUUUGCGUGGCCGCCAUAUCAGGGGCCGCCUCUAUGAAGGCAACUCCCGCUUGAGUGGGAGACCAACUCCCACAGACGACGCUCAAUGCGUCACUUUUAACUGA